AUGACCUCUCCAGCCGCCUCGCCGCCCUCCUCGGUGCCCUCAUCGCCGCGCCGCUCGCUCUUCAGCCUGCCCGGUCUGUCUAACCUGUCUAAGAAGAACUACACCCACUCCUCCGCUGACGGCGCCACCACGCCAGGCGGACACAUCACCAACAUUGCGCAAACGCCCAUCCUCGAGUCGUCGAACCCGCUGGAGAAAUCUUCUGUCCCCGCCGAAGCACGCGAGCAGCAGAUCGUGGGCGUGCCGGGCGCCAAGCUCGAGAACGAGACCGCCAAGAUUCUCAUCGCGCUCGACGGCACCGAGGCGGGCGACAAAGCGUUCAAGUAUCUGCUCGAGAACAAGCUGCUCAAGACCGACAGCCACGUUUUCCUGUGCACCGUGUUGCCCGCCAAUGUCAUCUCGACGCCCUGGGUCGCGGGACCACUGACGAUCGAUACCGAGAGACACAACGAGCUGCUCAAGACAAUUCGCGCACAGGCGAUCGAGAAGCUCGAACCGUACAAGUCCCAGCUCAAGCAGCGAGGCUACAACGUCACCAUCCACGUCCUCCACGGUGAUGCGCGUGCAUCGUUGCUCAGAGUGGCCAACUACCACCACGUCGAUCUCGUGCUCGUGGGCAAAAGGGAGAGAAACUGGAAGAAGAACCUCUCCACCUCGGGCACUGUCUCGAGCUACCUCGUUUCCCACUCGAACGCUCCUGUUCUCGUCAUCAAGUAG